AUGCCAGACAUUGUUACCACUCCGAUACAACUCCGAGGAGGUAAAAACCGACUACAAGGGAGAGUUGAAGUGUAUCAUAGUGGACAGUGGGGUACAAUAUGCGAUGACAAAUUUGAUCAAAACGAUGCUAGAGUCGUUUGCCGAAUGAUAGGAUUAGAAGUACGAUUAACAAAUGGUACAUUUUCUGGAGAGGGACGAAUCGAGGUAAAACAUGACGGUGAAUGGGGAAGCAUAUGUGGAAAUAGUUUUGAUGUAACUGCUGCCAAAGUUAUAUGCCAAAUGUUAGGAUUUAAUAAUACGUAA